AUGAACUCGAAAGAUGGAUUGGGAAGCUAUGGGCAAGUGAACCAAGGUGACGAAAUGGGGGUUUCGCUGGUGGCACCAUCGCCUGAGGAAGUGGCCAAACCAGCAUCGGCUGUGCCCAUGAUUGAAAUCAUGGCCCCCGCCACGCUGAUGGAAGGCUAUCAGUUGGACACGCAAGUGGGCGAUCGCGUCGUGACAAUCACCAUUCCUCCCGGUGGCGUCGAAAAGGGACAAAAAUUCAGCGUCCCCAUGUCUCCCACAAACGCAGCAGCAACCUCUACUCCCAAAAUGACAGUUCCGGUCGGCCAUUGGAAAGAUGGACUCUGCGAUUGCUGCACGUACGGCAUGUGUCAUGCCCAUUGCUGCAUUAGUUGGUGGUGUCAUGCAUUGGCGGCGGGACAAGUCAUUUCACGACUUCAACUCAAUUGGUUGGGCAAAACCACCAAUAGUCACGCCGAAAAGGCAUCGGCAUUCACGACAUUGUUUACCAUUUCCAUGACGUACUUUUCCGUCAAAAUUGGACUCUUUCUCAUCAUCAUGAGCAUGAUGCCCGAGGAUCCGGAAGAACCACCACCCGACUCCAUCGCACCCUUUGCCAUGAUGAGUGAUAUCGUCAAUUACGCCUAUUACCUAUUCAGUGCCGUCGUCAUUUACAAUUUGCGCUCCUACAUUCGAUCCAAGUACGCCAUUCCGGAAUCGGAGAGCUGUCCGACGGGAUGUGAAGAUGGAUGCAUGGCGCUCUUUUGUUCCUGCUGUACUGCGGCACAAAUGAUGCGGCACACCACUGAAUACGACACCUACCGAGCGGAGUGCUUCUCGGCCACGGGAUUGCCGGAUCAUGUCCCCGCAUUGAUUGUAUAA